AUGGCGUGGUUGUACGACCAUUUAUUUGGAGACGAGGACCCAUGGGCGCCUAAUAUUAAUGAGUAUAACGGUGCAUUUUACACAGAACCGGACUAUGAGUAUGAGGGAGUAGCUGACACCCCGCCAGACCACAUACACGGGUCGGGUGAUGAUGACCCUAAUUUUCAUACACCUGGGGGUCCAUCUGACUAUAAUCCGGACAGCACACAAAGUGAAGACCCUGGCCGUGCGUCUCAAGGCUUGUAUCAAACCAACCAGGGUUUUCAGGCUGAAGAGGAGUUGGUUAGAUGGGCCAGCCAAGUAGGUUUAGUGAACGUGUACGUUCUCGUGACACGGCGUUCAUCUAGAGGUCGGAGUGACAGGGUCAUAAGGGUGGAGAUUGCAUGCACCCAGGGAGGCAAGCGCAGAACCUCCGCCAAAAAAAGACGUAGCGGUACCCAAAAAACAAAUUGUCCGGUCCUUCUGGUAGGCCUAUAUAAACCAUGUGAAGGUGUAUGGCGACUAGAGGUGAGAGACGAUACACAUAACCACGACCCGGCAAAGUUUCUGGAGACCCACGUAUUUGCUAGGAGGAUGACCCCGGAUCAAGUCAAUACGGUGGGGACGUUACAAGGACAUGGUCUCCAUCCACGUAAAAUAUUUUCAGCCGUGCGGAAAUUGUUUCCCGCAUCUCAUGUGAUUUGGAAAGACAUAAACAACACCAGCAAUAAGAUAAAGCAAGGGAAAAAAUAG